GAAGAAGCAGUUAGCCGUUAGCUGGAGCUGCGGGGCGGAUAUAAAGCGAGUUUGGGGUCGGUGAGCUCCAGGAUGAACGGUGAGAGCUUCCCGAACGACUGGAGCCUGCUUCAGCUCAGCAGGAGGACUCCAAUCAGGCCUCCUCCCUGCGACUCCUCCUCCCUCCUCUCCGCCUGCUGACGGCGGCCAUGUGGCAGGUGGUCCAGCAACAGAGCGUGAAGCAUUAUGGGAUGUUGGAGGAGUUGGUGUCCCUGGUUACUGAGGCUGCCCCUGAGCUGCUGUCAGAGAGGAAGAGAGCUCUCCUGCUGCUGGCCCUGAGGACCAAGGUGAUCCUCGCUGACGCUGAUAAUCAUCCGAACCACCUGCAGAGGAUCCGCUCCAUCUCCACAGCAUCGCAGCAGGAUGAAGAUCUGACUGAAUGCUGCUCCUCUCUGCUCGCUCUCACCAACAGACUGGCCCAGACUCCUGCUGCUUCACAGCGCCUCCUGCAGGAGGUGUUCAACCAGAGCUUUGACUCCGCCCUCCAGUCCCUGGUGUCGGACUUCCUGUCCCGGGUCGAGCAGCUGUUUCCUGUCCCCGACUUCAGAGAGGCUGCCUCCUGGCUCCAGGACGCUCCCGGCAUCCUGGAGGAAUCUCUGCAGGAGACGGAGAAGGAACACCUGAGAGAGCUUCUGUCCAAUCAGAGCUGCCGCCUGGGCCGGGGAACCACCGCAGUGGAGGAGACGAUCCUUUCAGCGUGGUCCCACCCCCUCCUCUCUGAGCCCGCCCACUCUGAGCCGGCCAGCCAAUCAGACAGCGGUCCUCAGCAGCUGGAGGAGGCUGUGAUUGGUCAGAGCGUGUCAGAGGAGGAGCAGGAGUCGUCCAAUGGGCUCGCUGCUGCGGCGGAGGUCGGGAACAGGAUGGAGGAUUCCCCCGGAGACCCUGACAGCCAAUCAGCUGGCUCCAAACCCACAGCCAUUACCCCGUGCAUCAUUUCCCACAAUGCUAAGCGUGUGGCUAACCGGUGUCCUGAAUGUGGGAAGUGCUUCAUCUACAGGUCUCAGGUGAGUGUCUGUCCGCAUGUCCUCAGGUCCAACCAGGAAGCCUUUGACCCUGAAGCUGCUCCUCAGGUCAUCAGCCACCUGCGCUCCAACAAAGCCUGCGGGUCGGGCCGAAGACCCGGGUCCGAAGGUUCCGACGCGGCGGGGCCCCAUCCUUCCAGGAUCAACAGCUGCUUCCAGUGCAGCGUCGUCUUCCAGAGCAGAGCAGAGCUGCUGGCCCACAUGCGCUCCCAUCAGCACCGCCCCGUCUUCAAGUGCAACCAGUGCGACAAGGCCUUCCUGCACCUGUCCAGCCUGACCAAUCACAAGCAGACUCACCUGAGCGGGCAGGACCAGACCUGCAGCGGGCCUGAGCCGACGUCCUCAGAGAGGGACAACAGCCAGCAGGAGCAGCAGGAGCAGCAGCAGCAGCAGGAGCAGAAGCCGGACCUCACAUGCUCCAUCUGCCAUCAGAACUUCAGCUCACAUCGACGGCUGCUGGUGCACCUGCAGACGCACGCAUCCCAGGGGGUGGAGGUUCUUUAUAAGUGCCCUACCUGUGACCAGAGCUUCACAGGAGUGACUCUGCUGCGGAUCCACAUGCGCUCCCACAAGGUGCUUUCCUACCCGUGCCCCCAGUGCAACAAGGCCAUGAGCACCGCCUCCAGCCUGCAGUCCCACCUCGCCAGGCACACCAGCGACCCCUGCUUCCUGUGUCAGCAGUGCGGUAAGCGCCUCAGGAGCCGCGGCAGCCUGGAGCUCCACCUGAGGAUCCACAGCGGGGAGCGGCCCUACCGCUGCCCCCACUGCCCCAAGAGCUUCUCCGUGCUGCCCAACCUCAAAGUGCACGUGAGGCGGCACACGGGCGAGCGGCCGUACGUGUGCAAGGUGUGCGGCAAAGCCUGGCCCUCGGGAGGAGACCUGGAGAAGCACAUGAGGUUCCACACUGGAGAGAAGCGCUUCGUCUGUCAGGAGUGUGGGAAGGCCUUCACCAUGUCCUGCAACCUGAAGGAGCACCUGCAUAAGCACAGAGGAGAGAAGCCGUUCUCGUGUCCUGAAUGCGGGAAAGGUUUUUGGAGGAAGUUUGAGCAGAACAGGCACGUACUGACCCACAGGAAAGACCGUCCAUACGCGUGCACCUUCUGUUCCAAGAGCUACACCAGAAGAAAUCACCUGAACAGACACCUGCUGACACACCAGGGCCCUGCUGGGCAGGAGAAGGAGGCGGAGGAGGCAAACUAAACAGAAGUAGACGUCUGUAUGCUCCAUAAACAGAAGAGUUUGAGGAUGAGACCUGAAGACAUCAGCUCCUGCCGUUUCUCAGGAAAUGAACCACUGGACACAGCUGGAUGUGGAUAAACUUUAUUGAGAUCAUCUGGUUUCUGACAGGAAGUGGGUUAAGUUCUAGUCGUCGUCUCCCCCCGUCCUCUCGAUGACCUUCCUCAUCCAGCGGCCCAUCCUGAACAGGUGGGUGUAGAAGCCGUACUUCCCGUCCCGGUCGCAGCCCUCGCCCCAGGACACGAUGCCGAUCUGGUACCAGCGGUUCUCUGCCGGGUACUGCAGAGGGACAGACGGGUUAUCAGGAACCUGUUUCCUUCAGGAAGAACCGUCUAAAAGUGGAAAACUGCGGCUCCUCUGAGGACGUUUCCAUGUUUUUUAAUUCAGGUAAUUAAUGAGGAGGAGGUCAACUCCUCCACGGAGGGUUCCUCACCUUCAUCACAAACGGUCCUCCGCUGUCCCCCUCGCAGGCGUCCCCCCGUUGGCUCUCCUCUGGGCUGUAACCUGCAAACAAACUGCUGUUAACCCAACCAGAGAACAACUUUUUUAGGUUCUGGUGCCAGAUUCUUCUCAGUCCAAACAGAACCGCUGUGAAGCCCAGAAGAGGCGGGUGGAGCUGGACGGGUCGGGGUGGGUUCUGUUUGCCUCAGCAGAGAGAACCCACCCGGACCGUGUUCUGGAUCAGGGCGGCAUAAAAUAAAGACUCCUAUUGUUUCAUCACAACAUUGAUCUGUAAAAU